AACAAAACAGCUGAACGACGUCUGCCGAUAGGGGAAGCGCGCAACCGCGAUUUUUUAUUCGUCACCGAGUUCACAACAACAGCAGCAGCAGCAGCAAUAGCAGCGCGGUCUCUGUCCACCCACCCCUCCCUUCGCAGUCGCUCUACAUUACAGCGAUAAUAGCCCGGGGCCGCCGCUUGCUUGCUAGCUAGCUAGCUGAGCGAAGGGAGGGAAAGCGGAGAGAGGAGAAUAACGAGGGAGGAGCAGAAGGGAGAGGAGGUAGAGUGAGAUGGAGGCGACCGAGGCGGGCGCGGCCGUGCCGGCGGGCGCGGCGUACGGAGCCGGGCGUGCGGGAGGAGCCUUCGACCCCGUGGCCUUCAUGAAGCAGCCGCACUCCAUCCUGCGGGUGGUCAGCUGGUUCUUCUCUAUCGUGGUGUUUGGCUGCAUUGUCAACGAGGGCUACACAAACAACCAAGGCUCCAAGCUGCACUGCAUCUUCAACGGCAACGGGGAUGCGUGCCGCUACGGCAUCACGAUCGGCGUGGUGGCGUUCUUCGCCUGCGUGGCCUUCCUGGCGCUCGAUGCCUACUUCCCGCAGAUCAGCAGCGUCAAGGACCGCAAGCGCGCAGUACUGGCCGACCUCGCCUUCUCCGCUUUCUGGGCCUUCAUGUGGUUUGUGGGCUUCUGCCUCCUGACAAACCAGUGGCAAGAAACACCUGACAGCAAGGUGCCCAAUGGAAUUGGAGCAGACAGUGCUCGCGCUACCAUCGCCUUUUGCUUCUUCUCCAUCAUCUCUUGGAGUGGGAUCGCCUUCCUGGCAUUGCGGAGGUUCCGUCUGGGUGCCGACGCGGCGUUCUCUUCACCGUUCGGGGACGGUGGGGCCGGCAUCGCUGACGGCGACAACAUCAUGCCGGUGCCGACGCCGCCCUACGCCACCGGCAGUGGGGUGGAGGGCGAGGAGGCUUACAGCAAGCCUCCCUUCUCCCAAGCAGUGCCUACCGCAAACACAUUCGCUACGCCUGCAUACUGAGUGUUGGAAAAUAAUAUUAUUGGGAUUUGGCUUGGGUUGCAAUUGAUUGGUCGUAGUAUUAAGACUCCGUCUGUGAAAGUAUAAAAAUGAGGUUGCAUUGGCCAAUGCUGCAAAUGCGGUUACUUCUGUGAGCUGCAAUUACUCUUUAAGUUAUCUAAAAGUGAGCUUAUAUUAGCAUAGAACAUUUUUUAUGAAAGCCACAAAUGUGUUUGCUACACUAAUUGGCAAAGUGUAUGAUAGAGCAGAAAUGUAGCUAUUGAGGUUAAUCAUAAAAAUGCGUUAUCAUGAUGAUUAUUCUGUUCUGUACUGUCCACGUGCAUGGAAAUUCACUGAGUGCAUACAGAAGUUGCACAGACAUUUUACAGUGUACGCAUUGCAAAUGAAUGUGCACAAUACCAAAUCCUCUAAUUGCUAUCUUCUUUAUCAUAUUUUUUUUUACAUCAGUUUCAAAUUCGGAUAUACAAUUGAUAAUGAUAAAGUUCCAUUCCUGCCUCAUUUUUACCACGGUUCUGGGUGAUAGCAUCCAUUGCCACUCGGUUGUCCUGAGUGAGGUGUUUUUGUUUUGUGUGCGUAGACAGUUGCGAGUUUGUUUCCAUUUUGAGCGUGUCAGCACUUCAUCGCGUUUGAUUUGUGGAGGUAUUGGCUACUCCAUAAUGCCAAAUGUCAUUGACAGCCUCUGCAUGCUUUAUCAAAUAUUGGAUUUUUACAUCAGAAGGCUUCUUCUGCCGAGUAUUAUCUGUUACUCAUAUACCCGAUCUCUGCUUCAUCUUACUUUGAUGUUAAAUUAUUUAGCAACCAUUAAGUUUAAUGUGCAAAUUAUAUAACUGGACAUGUUUGCAUUUGGUUAUUUUAUAGCCUGUUUAAAAUAUAGUAAAGUUUUUGGGAAGAUUUUAAGGAAGUUGUGUGAGGGUUAAAUGUACCUUCACCUAAAUGUAAUAAAGCAAACCUAAUUACAAAAAACUACUUUAAAAUUAAUUAUGUGCAGCAAUUUUUUAAAAAUAAAAUUAUCACUGACUUUUGCCAUUAAAAUAAAUUCAUUUUAUUGUUCCCAAGUAGUUUCUAACCUUUAAAAAUCCCUAUUUGAGCAUUGUUAAGAUUGAUGAUUUAUGAGUGGCUGCCUGCUAUCACUAACAAGAUACUUGGCAUUUUUGGUGGAAUAUACAGUUGGAAUUGAUGACAUUGAGGGCUUUUGUUAAAAGGGAUGAUAUAUUUAAAUGCCAUUGCUUAAUAGAAUGCAUGGUUGAGCAUUCAAUGCUAGGUUAACUAAUAUAUAUGUAUCGUAUGUUGAACUUCUUUCACACUGUACAUAGCCAACCGUACUAAUGGGGGGUGCGGGAAAUAUGAGUGGUUCAGUUUUCACAAGAUAUACUCGUGUGUUGAAAAAAUGAAAGCACCGUAUAUUUUGCUUAUAAUUUUACAAACAUCGAAUUUCUCUUAUGUUUUCAAAAGACAGAAUAAGCAUCCAAUUUUAAUUAUGGUGCUGUUACUUUGGCCUAACAAUAAAGUAAUACCUAUUUUUCAUGUGAAUGAAAUAUUUAAACGUGUGUGUUACAACACAUGGGGUUGCUGCUGCUUAUUUAUAUUAUUAAGAUGCAUUACAAAUAUUGGUUUUAAAAAAACAUUUUUAACAGGCAAUAAAAAACCAAGAAAUGUAAAGCAGGAUUUAUUUUUAGGUUUUGGUGUUGCUGAAGCUCUGCACGCCUAAAUAUUCACUUCACUUUUCGUCAAAACAAAACGUGUACUGAACCUUUCACCGCUAACAAUAUCGCAGUCGUUAUGGAAGAGCACUUAAAUACUAAAUUACCGUACACAUCUUGAAAUGUUCGUUUCUGUAAGCCAAAAAUGUACAGUACAAUUUCAAAUGUACAUCUAAUUGUACCGUACAUGACAAAGCCAAGCGAUUACGUGUGUAAAAUGUGCUUUGUGUGAAAAUGAUCAAGCAUGCAACACUGAAUUUUUCUUCUUAUUUGCUUACUAUUUUGUGAAUGUUAAAAAAAGUGUUUUCAUGCACACGUGUGGAUCCACUUGAUAUAAGUGGUAAGUCGUGACACAAGGCUUUUAUUUGUGCAAUGUAGUACACUAGCAUCACUCGUAGCAAUAGCGUUCCAUGGGUUAUAUGUGCAGUGUUAUUCAAAAGGUAUAAUCAUUGUCAUGACCCUCAGAAUCUGUCGAAGGGAAAAAAUAUUUGCACAUUUUGCAGUUCAUUCAUUUAAGUGCCGAUUAUUACGUGUAAAUUAGGCCUACAUUGUAGAACGUUCCUGUACACAGGUACCAUAAGGAGAGUUUUCUCAGAAGCUGCCAUUCUGAACGUGGCGUAUAACCUUUGAAGAGUAAAUUAUGCAAAUCGAUUGAUUGCUGGUUUGCCAGUGUGCUGAACGGUGUGGGUUUUGUGGGCAACGUUUGUGUGUGUCUUAAGAAUCAUUCUCGUGAGUAAGUGUGUGAGGAGCCAUCAAGACACGUUUGAGAAUCGGUUACUACAGUUUGUUUUGUAUACAUACUGUAACGCCAUAUGGUGCUUCGGAAGAAAUCUGGAGUUAAUUGAUGUUAUUUGUCAGAAUAUCCCAUUGGCAAAUUGUGUUCUCUGUUUUCUUCUAAAGAGCAGACAUUGCACAAAAAUUGGAAAAAUACAUAUGGAGUUGAAAAAAAAAUCGUGUCAUAGUAAACUAAAUGAAAAACUGUUGCAAAAAAAGUCGUCGGCCAAUAUAUACGCUCGGUAAUUGUAAGUGCAUGUCGCUGACUCUCCAUAUAAAUUACUGCCUCAAGCUAUAAUUACAUUGUCGCAUUUGUUAACAAAUAUUAUUCAAUAAAUUCAUGACUUGCUUGAGUAAUUUUUAAACUUAAAACGUUUUGCCCAUGACUUGAUAUUCCAGUGUCAAGUCGGCCAAAAUCCUCGUGUAUCCUGUAAAUAUAUUCAGACUGGAGGCCUAGAUCUGAACAUCUGUUAAUUAUUGAUGAGAUUUUAAAGUAUAUAAUGUAUACUCCCAGUAUGGAAUGAGGCAUGCAAUGGCAAUACUCCCGAGUUUUUAUUUGGGCCUUGAUGAAUGACAAAAUAUUACAAAUGGAAAACGGACUGAUGAAUAGAAAUUAGUUCCGCGUCCACAAAGAUAGUGUAAUUCGACACGUGUCACUGGACAUGUUUUAUUUAUAAGGAAUUGCAAUUAAGUAGUUAUGUACCGUAUUAUGAAGCUGGAAAUGCAAGAGAAAACUAAAAUAAAUAAAACAUCGAAGCACUCGUAUUGAAGCGUGGGAAAAAAAUGAAACUGAGGCUGCUUAUAGUGAUGUAAUCAUUUUAACCUGUGCAUUACACGAACAUGUGCUUGUUUAUUUCUUGAAUUGUACAAUUGUUCUUUGAAAACCAGACCUUUAAAUACCCUUAAAUAUAACGAGCUGGCUUAAUUACAAUUAAUAGGUGGUUAUCAAGCAUAUGAGCCAUCAUUGUCAAAAUCGAUGAUGUAACAAAAUUCAGCCAGUAUAUAGACAGGCUAUCGGUGGAGUUUCUACUCAAUCGCUUAUUCCCUUGGUAUGUUAAAGCCACUCUUAAUGUGGAAAAUAUACUUUCAUUGUUCUUUGUCACCAACUUUUUUUUGACCAAACUUAACUCGGGUCUGCUCCACGAUUUUUUUCUUUAAAUAAACAGGUCGUGUAAACAGAAAACAGUCAUCUUAAUGAUGGGUUUGAAAGCUGAGUGACAUCUGUUUCUCUCAUUGAUUAAAGUUGAACCUUGAGAUAAAAUGAAUACUGUAAAAUGUAAAAAAAGUCAUUUGUAUUUGGCUUUUUCUACUUUUUUUUGCAAGCACUGCACAGUAUGUUUUUCCUGUUUUGCCCCGGAUACUUUAUGAACAAUAAUGUCGUUUAAAUGAAGCUUGUAUAUAUUGUUAAAAUGCCUUUUUGAAAUGAAUUUAAAAUAAUAUAUAGAACUGAACCGGUACAUAUUUUCUGUUCAAAUAUUUUCUCCCAAUUGAAUUAAAUGUAUGUUUGGCAUUUAAUUACCCUAUUAUUUGUCCUAACUGAUUUAAUUGAUCGUUUAAUGUGAUUUAUUUUAAUGACAUUUAAAGGAAGAACUCGUGUGAUGGGUUUUUUUCUUCCUCGGCAACAUGUUGCACAUUCGUAUAUGGCAUUUGUGUUUUAUGCAUAGAAAGUACUUUUAAAUUGGAACAUAUUCAGUAGUUUGGAUAUUGCUCAAUUCCUGUUGUGCCGUAAAAUGUUGUGCCUUUUGUAUGCACUGCUACUGUUAAUGACUACUGCUUCUUGUUAUAAACAAAAUAUGCGUGCAACAACAUCACGUAUUAUAUGACGCACUAUUUGCUGUUCAUCAUAAGCCAUCUUAAUUUACUUGGCACUGCGGAAAUAGUUAUAAAUUAUGGUGACAAUGUUGAUGGUGUACUAUUAGUGUCACUAUACUUCACAGUAAUACAUUUUGGGUUACAAUAUAUAAUGAUACACUGGUGCAUGUGAAUUCCAUAAAUUUCUGUUUAUUGUUGACAUGUUUUAAUUGUCAAUUUGCGAGCUACUGUAUGCUGUAGAAAUGUAGUGUGUGCUUGUGAAGUACGUGUCAUACAUCUGUUUAGCUAAAUAAAGUAUAUGAAUCAGUGUU